ACACGUGCUGCUUAAAUUACACGUCUUUUAUAACACAGGGAAACUGUUACAAAACGCAAAGCAGAGCUCACGUAAUCAGAAAAUUUUCUUUCUACCUGUGUGGAGGUCUCCAAAUGCCAAAGGCGACAACAAUGAGCCAUAACACCAUUCACUGGUUCCGCAAGGGGCUGCGUUUGCAUGAUAACCCUGCUCUGAUCGCUGCUUUGAAAGACUGUAAACACAUCUACCCCCUGUUCCUCCUGGACCCCUGGUUCCCUAACAACACUCGCAUCGGCAUUAAUCGAUGGAGAUUUCUGAUUGAAGCCCUCAAGGACCUGGACUCCAGUCUGAAGAAGCUCAACUCCAGGCUCUUUGUCAUCAGAGGGUCGCCCACAGAGGUUCUCCCAAAGCUCUUUAAGCAAUGGAAGAUCACUCAUUUGACUUUCGAGGUUGAUACGGAGCCAUACAGUCAGAGCAGAGACAAUGAAGUGAUGAAGUUGGCCAAGGAAAACGGCGUGGAAGUUACUCCAAAGAUUUCUCAUACUCUCUACAACAUCGACAGAAUUAUCGACGAGAACAAUGGCAACACUCCCAUGACCUACAUUCGCCUGAACAGUGUGGUGAAGGCCAUCGGUCACCCUAAAAAACCUAUUCCUGCUCCAACCAAUGAGGACAUGAGAGGUGUGUCCACUCCACUUUCUGAUGACCAUGAAGAAAAGUUUGGGAUCCCGACUCUUGAGGAUCUUGGACUGGAUACGUCAUUCUUAGGGCCACAUCUGUUCCCGGGUGGUGAACAGGAAGCUCUGCGCAGAUUAGAUGAGCAUAUGCAGAGAACGAACUGGGUGUGCAAGUUUGAGAAACCAAAGACGUCCCCGAACUCCUUGAUCCCCAGCACCACCGUCCUGAGCCCCUACGUCCGGUUCGGCUGCUUGUCUGCACGCACCUUCUGGUGGAGGCUCACAGACGUGUACAGAGGGAAGACACACUCUGAUCCUCCGGUGUCUCUGCAUGGCCAGCUGCUGUGGAGAGAGUUUUUCUACACGGCUGCCGUCGGGAUCCCAAACUUCAACAAAAUGGAGGGAAACUCUGCCUGCGUGCAGGUGGACUGGGACAACAACCCCGAGCACCUUGCAGCAUGGAGAGAGGCUCGGACCGGGUUUCCCUUCAUUGAUGCCAUCAUGACUCAGUUACGACAGGAGGGCUGGAUCCACCAUCUGGCCCGGCAUGCAGUCGCAUGUUUCCUGACCCGAGGAGACUUGUGGGUCAGCUGGGAGGAGGGUCAGAAGGUGUUCGAGGAGCUGCUGCUGGAUUCUGAUUGGUCGCUGAAUGCAGGAAACUGGCAGUGGCUCUCCGCCAGCACGUUCUUCCAUCAGUACUUCAGAGUUUACUCUCCUAUAGCCUUUGGAAAGAAAACUGACAAACAUGGGGAUUACAUCAAGAAAUACCUGCCGGUGCUGAAGAAGUUUCCCACCGAGUACAUCUAUGAACCCUGGAAAGCUCCUCGGAGCGUUCAGGAGAGAGCAGGGUGCAUUGUGGGAAAAGACUACCCUCGUCCUAUUGUGGACCAUGAGGUUGCCCACAAAAAGAACAUUCUGAGAAUGAAAGCAGCAUAUGCAAAACGCUCACCAGAAAACAACACCAUCAACAAAGGUGAAAAGCGCAAAGCGAGUCCAUCCGUCAAGGACAUGCUUCAGAAGAAGGCAAAGAGAUAAAUCGAGUUCUCUCAUCAUGAAUAUUUUUAUAUGGCGCUCCUCUAUAUGUCAAUAAUGGUUCUUUAUACUUAAAAUAACUUUGAUACAUAUUUAAGGAUAAAUAUACAUUUUUGUUUAGCUGGGAUAACUUAGCUGUCAUGGUUUUACCUUCUUAUUUUAAAGUGCUAAGGCACUUUACAUUUAAUUGGCUUUUAGAUGCUGUAAAUGUGCUAUAAAGGGACAGUUCUCCCAAAAUAAAAAUUUCCUGAUCAUUUACUCAAACUGCGAGAUCUAAACGCUUAUGAAUUUCUUUCUUCUGUUGAACACAAAACAAGAUAUUUUGAAGAAUGUUGGGUGGGAAAGCAACCAUAGUUGGAAUGGUUGUCUCUUUAGAAUUUAUUCUUUCGUGUUCAACAGAAGAAAUAAACUCAAACAGGUUUGGAACAAAUGAAGGAUGAGUAAAUAAUGACAGACUUUUCAUUUUUGGGUGAACUGUCUCUUUAAAUGGAAAGUGAUUUUCUGCUGGAUUGAUUAAAUGCAUGUGUGUGUGUGUGUGUGUGAAAAUAAACUGUCAUACGUAA